AUGGGCAUGCACAGACACCUCACCUUCCUCCUCCUCAGCCUCUAUGCCCCAGUCCUGCCUGACCUGCCACGUGUGGUGGCCCUGAGUGAGGACACAGUGUCCGGCACCCGCGUCGCUGAGGUGACUGUGUCCUGCAGCAACUCAAGCAGCAGUCCCAAUGUCACCCUGGAUGGCAUCGAGCCCGACCACCCCUUCAACUCCAUCGCCAUCAGCUCUGACCCCACGGAUGCCACCACGUUCCGGGCAGAGGUGACACUGCGCGCUGGUGCAGAGCUCGAUGCCCGCCGGGUGAACCAGUACACACUAAUCCUGCGGGCUGCUUGUCCUGGUGAGGAUGAGGUGGAAGAGCGUCUUUUUGUCCGGGUGACAGCAGGGCACGUGCUGCGCUGUGACACCCCCUUUGCCAGUGCAGAGGGUGAUGUGGUGCCGGUGCUGGCAGAUGUGGCGCCACGGACACCCCUGUAUGCGGUGCUGCCACAGCCGCUUGGUGGACUGAUGUUCAGGCUUCGAAACCACAACACACCGCUCAUGCUCACCCGCCGGGGUGUGGUGCUGGCGCCUGACAAUGGUUUUGACCCUAGCAAGGACACCCAGAGGUUCAGGUUGGAGAUUGAGGUGAUGGAUCGUCAUGGGCACAACUGCAGCGGGGCUGUAACGGUGGAGGUGCUGCCAUCACUCCGUCCCCGUGUCACCUUCCUUGAGCCACACCGGGCUGUGACGGUGACAGAAGGCACUGGUCCCUGGGAGGUGGUCACACAGGUCCGUGCCAGAGGUGAUAAUGUCCACUAUGCCAUCCUUGCUCCUGUGGCUCCCGCGCUCUUCACCAUUGAUGAGGUGACAGGAGAGAUCCGCAGCACCCGCCGGCUACAGGUGAUCCGUGCCCAACUCCUCAUCCGGGCUUACAAUGCGCUGCACCCCGACGACCACGCCACCACCACAGUCAAUGUCACCGUGCAGGGGACAGACCGUCAGGCACCAAGAUGUGACCCAGCCAUCUUCGUGUCCCAGGUGUCCGAAACGACGUCCCCUGGCAGCACCUUGGUGACACUGAGGUGCACUGACUCCACCAGCACUGAUGGGUGUCUGCACUACGCUCUCGAGGGGCCUCCCUCCUCCCUCUCUCACUUCUACAUGGAGGGGCCACGGCUGAAGGUCAACACCACCCUGGACUAUGAUUCGGAGGCCAUGGCUGCUCUGGGUUUCCAGUUCACAGCCACCAUUGUGGUGACAGUGGGAGGGCAGCCCCUACACAGCACUCGUGUGCCUGUGCUUGUGACGGUGACACCUGUCAACGAAUUCAGACCGGCGUGCCCCAGCGGCACCACCUUCACCGUGCCAGAGACAGCAGCUUUCGGCAGCGUCGUGGGGCGUGUGGCUGGCACUGACCGCGACUACCCCCUGGACAGCCUCGAGUACAGCCUAGAGGGGGGGUCUGGCCCUGCACAGCCCUUCUCCAUUGACAGGCGCACUGGCGAGAUCCGCGUGCUGGGACCCCUGGGCUCCCAGCAGCAGAAGAGCUACAAGCUGAUGGUGCGGCUGACAGAUACUCACAAUGACCUGGACCCAAGGGAGAGGCAGAGCAGUCUGUGCGACGUGUCUGUGCGCCUGCAGGCUGUGCCGGACCAGCUGCCGGUGUGCAUCCCCGAGGUGCAGGAGCUGCAGAUCACGGCUGGGUCCCCGGGCAGCCGCCAGCCUGUCACCCGCCUGCUGUGCCACAGCAGCCCCGACAGCGCCGUGCUGACUUACACCAUUGUUGGAGGUGAGGAGCGGCCAACCACGGCACAAACCAGCCCUCGCCGUCGUGUGACACUGAGCAGGCCCUCUCGUCCAGGCAAUGAAGAUGGGCGCUUUCGGCUGGAAGGGAACACCCUUGUGUACCUCCCCAGUGACCGAGCCGAGCCCCACCCCUUUGUCCUGCUGGUGGAGGUGUGGGGCGGCUCUGGUGCCCGCCGCCGCAGCACCCUGGUGGCACUGGUGGUGCACGUUGUCCCCCGGAGCACCCCGGUGCCAUCCAGCACCAGCACCCAGCACACGACGCUGCAGAAGGAGCCGCUGGUUGUCGUGCAGACAGAGGCAGUGUGGCACCCACCAGCCUGGUUUGUGGCCGUGCUGACCAUCUCUGGUGCCCUGCUGCUGGCCACCCUGGGCUGCACGGCCUGGAACCUGCUGUGCAGCAACCGGGCCCCUGGCAAGCUGUUCCUGGCCAAGAGUGCUGCCUCCAUCUCAGGCAGCUGCAGGGACUAUCUCUUCACCAGCGAGACUGGGGCUCGGCGCUGGAUCUGAAGGGCUUGACUUGAGGAG